UUAAAAUACAUUUUAUUAAUAAAACAAAGAAAAGAUUAUAUGAAAAAAGUUAAAAAGAUCUUCUACGGUAACUUCAUUCAAUACAGCCAGAAAAUUAACUCAAAUAUUACAUUUCUUAAUAUUACACAAUUCAACGAGCGAAAUCAAAAUUAUAAAAAAAUUAACUGAUAAGCACAAUAUGAUCCACCAAAGCCAAUCUGGCUCUUCGAAACAGGCUUUUAACUAGUGAUCAGAGUCACGAAUACCCUAACAAUCCAAACUCAAACCGAAUUCCAGGGCGCAAAGAAGAUGCUAACCCCUAGUAGCUCCACACAACACCACACACGCCCGAAUGGAAGUGAUUGUCCAAACUCAAAUUCGAAGCCAAAGGUAAUUGUGAUCAUGGGAGCAACAGGGGCAGGAAAAUCCAGACUUGCAAUAGACCUUGCCUCCCACUUCCCAGUUGAAGUCAUAAAUGCCGAUUCCAUGCAGGUCUACCAAGGAUUAGAUGUGCUGACCAAUAAAGUUCGUCCUGAAGAGCAGAGAGGUGUGGCACAUCAUCUUCUUGGUACUAUCAGCUCAAAUGUAGAAUUUACAGCAAAGGAUUUUCGUGAUUUUGCCAUUCCACUCAUUGAUGAAAUAUCAUCUCACAAUCUUUUGCCUGUCAUUGUUGGUGGAACGAAUUACUAUAUACAGGGACUUGUUAGCCCAUUCCUUAUGGAGGUUCCUUGUGAAGAUACAGAAAUAAAUUGCUCACUGGAUACCGUUGCCAGUGAGAAAUCCAAUCCUGAACUUGAAGUUGAGCGGGAAGGUUUUUGUUAUACUUAUGAUUGUCUUAAAGCCAUCGAUCCAGUUGCAGGCGCUCGAAUUCAUCCAAAUGAUCACAGGAAGGUCCAUCAAUACCUAAAAUUGUAUUCACGAUUUGGUAUUGCUCCAAGUAAAGUUCUACAAGAAAAGACUUCAAAGGACAGAACUGGGGUCAUGUUGAUAAUUCAAGAUUUAAUUUCUGUUUUAUAUGUGUGGAUGCAUCUCUAGCGGUGUUGGACCCUUUUGUUGAUAAAAGGGUUGAUCACAUGAUUGAAUCUGGUCUGCUUGAUGAAGUUUUUGACAUUUACCGCACAGAUGCAGACUACACAAAAGGCCUCCGCCAAGCCAUUGGUGUUCGGGAAUUCAACCACUUUUUCACAUGCUACUCUCAAUCACAUGGUAUCCAGAGUUUUAAACAAACUGUACAUGAUAUUCUGUAUGGGCCUAGUGAUGACGAUAGAAAAGUUCUUCUGACUGAAGCUAUUGACAAAGUGAAAAUGAACACCAGAAGACUAGUUCGUCGCCAAAAGAGAAGAAUCCAACGCCUGGAAGUGCUAUUUGGAUGGGAGAUACAUUAUAUUGAUGUUACAAGUUCCAUAUUGGGGGCUUCUGAUGAGAUCUGGGCAGCAGAAGUGGUUGAGCCUGCGGUUGAAAUAAUAAACUCUUUUCUCAACAGCGAAUCAUGCUCAGAGAACACCAAUGAUAAUACUAAAGAUAUAACAUUAAAGCUAAGGGAUCUAUGGAGUCAAUAUAUCUGUGAGGCAUGUGGGAAUAAGGUUCUUAGAGGUGCACAUGAAUGGGAGCAACACAAACAGGGCCGUAGCCACCGGAAACGAAUUUCUAGCCUUAAGAAAUGUGAUAGAAUGUCUGUUAAAUUACACUGAAAGGCCUUUGUGCCAAAAAGGUGUUUAAUUUACAGGGAGAUGUAUGUUUCUUGGGAUGGUCUAAAAAGGUGUUUAAUUUACAGGGAGAUGUAUCUUUAUUUUUAAAUUGAUCUACAACUCGUAUAAAGUGAAUUAGUGUCAAAUUGGCAAAAAAUUCAAGGAACCAUCUAUGUUUCACUAUGAAGUCAUACAUGACAUAUGGCUUUAUUGUAGCCACUCAUUUAUAAUGUAGAGUUGUAUGGAGGAAACCGCUAUACAUAUGAGUGGUCAUGAUGAAG